AUUUAUUAUCAAGUUACAUUUAGUAAACCCCAUUGGAACACAUGACGUGAAGAUGAAUGCGUGGCUCCUAAGAUUUGAAAUUUGAAUAAAGGACAUGGCUUCUGCGGUGGCCGCCGCGGCGGGGCUAGAGUUGUCGAAUCCUCCAUCGGACGGAAUAACCAAUCUCCGAUUUUCAAAUCACAGCGAUAAUCUCUUGGUCUCCUCAUGGGACAAGAGUGUGAGAUUGUAUGAUGCGAGCGCCAAUGUGUUGAGAGGAGAGUUCAGGCACGCUGGCCCCGUUCUCGAUUGUUGCUUCCACGACGAUUCCUCCGGUUUCAGUGUCGCCGCCGACAACACUGUUAGACGGCUUUUCUUCAGCUCUAAUAAAGAGGAUAUCCUAGGAAAGCAUGAUGCGCCUGUUCGUUGUGUUGAGUACUCAUAUGCUGCAGGGCAAUUGAUCACUGGUAGUUGGGACAAAACCCUGAAAUGCUGGGACCCUAGAGGUGCGAGUGGCCAAGAGCGCACACUCGUUGGGACAUAUCCACAGCCUGAGCGUGUUUACUCUCUCUCUCUGGUUGGAAAUCGCCUGGUUGUAGCAACAGCUGGAAGACAUGUUAAUAUCUAUGAUUUGAGGAACAUGUCUCAACCUGAACAGAAAAGAGAAUCUUCAUUGAAAUAUCAAACCAGAUGUGUGCGCUGUUACCCAAAUGGAACAGGAUAUGCACUUAGUUCAGUGGAAGGGCGUGUAUCGAUGGAAUUCUUCGACCUCUCAGAAGCUAUCCAGGCAAAAAAAUAUGCUUUCAAGUGUCACAGAAAAUCCGAGGCCGGAAGGGACAUUGUCUAUCCCGUAAAUGCAAUGGCAUACCACCCCAUAUAUGGAACGUUUGCCACAGGUGGUUGUGACGGGUAUGUUAACGUGUGGGACGGAAACAAUAAGAAAAGGCUAUACCAGUACAUGAAAUAUCCUACCAGCAUUGCUGCACUGUCGUUUAGCAGAGAUGGACGCCUGUUGGCUGUUGCAUCAAGUUACACAUUCGAAGAAGGACCUAAAAGCAACGAAUCAGAUGCUAUCUUCGUUCGUAGUGUAAACGAGAUUGAGGUGAAGCCGAAGCCCAAAGUCUAUCCCAAUGCUCCAGCGUAAUUCCUGAUGGCCGUUUCAGAAACAGGGUUUUUUUUUAUAUUAUUUCUACUGUUGUAAACGCCAAAAACAAGUAAACUGAUAGUUUCUGAUUUUCUAGAUUUUCUUCAAAUUGUGCACUUCGUGCAAGUAGGUAUAUUGUAUAUUGUAAAGUAUGGUGCCUCACUCAUUUUCAAAUCAUCACUGGAAAGCUUUGUCCCGAUCAUGUGACGUUGCUUAGUCAAUGACAAAAUUCAAGUCA